AUGGCCAUUUGGCGCAUGACGUCGGCUUUCAACGCUUCAACGCUUCAGUCAAGAAUCCGGCAUCUCAUUCAAUUGUUCGUCCUUGCAAAUCCGCCUUCUCCUGAGAAAAAUAAGAAAAAUAAGGAUCCACGGCAUGCCUAUCGUCAAGAAGCGUUGCUUGGUUGCACCUGUUUCCGCUUCUCGAUUCUUGGGAUAAGGGGGAUGUCUUCCAACCUCGCCAGCAUACAUUUGUCAAUAUCUUGGUUCAACUCUCUGCUUUACAUGCUUGAAGUCACGCUCGCUUUCUACUAUUACUCUCGGUUUACAAUCGCACGUUCUUUCAAGAUUCUGCUCGCCAGCGUGCUCAUCGCAGACGCUGUGUCGAUGAUAGCUAACUACGCCUCUGCUUGGAUUUUGUUGAUUAAUCCUCAGGACUUUUUGCCAAGAGACGCUUUAUGGACAGUUCCUGUAUCUACUUUCAUGAUUUCUAUUCUUGCUGCUAUCGAAGAAUUCUUCCUCAUCGACCGAUGCCGAAAAUUGUCACAACCCAUCAUUAUCACCGCGGCGCUCUGCGGGAUGGUGGUAGCACAUGUCAUCCUCAGCCUCUACUCGGGGCUAUUCGUGGUCACCCAUCCCGAUCUCGACCCAAACUUCGCGCGGUUCGGGAACAAAGCUGCCGCUAUCUCCGCCUCUCUAGCUGCCACCGUCGACAUGUUCAUCCCGCUUGCGCUCACAUGGCAGCUGUACAAGGUCACCCCAGCCCAGAUUCGGAGGCAACGAUCGUUGCUCGACACUAUCGUCAAUGGAAUUUCGUCUGGUGGAGUUGGAGGGCUCGCGAGCUUCGUAUUGCUAGUUCUGUUCUGGACGAGGGUAGAAGUGUUCUGGGUCUUCGCUAACUCAAUGGGCCGCAUAUACGCACUUACCCUUCUCGUCAACCUCAUCGUCAGCAAGCGAAGACAUUCGUCCCAUCAUCCAGCGACAGAGAUGGUCCCAACAAAGAAGCGAGAGUCUGUUACCACUCAAGUCAGCCUUGUGACCUUCAGUCUUUCUCGUAGCGCCUCGACCUAUACCUCUGAUAGAGAAAAGCAGCUACCCCCAACACCGGGGCCUGAAGAAGUAUAG